AAUCAGAGAAGGAAAAUGAAAAAAUGCACCCAACCGAUUUAAAAGAGGAAAAAGAUGGAGCAUUUUAUGCUAAUGCCCCUCAAAUAGGUCCCGAAGUUGAUGAUCAUCGUCCGAAUCCUGAUGACUCUCGACUACGCAUUCAACCUCCCAGUGGUGUCGGCAUUCCACAACCUCCCGUGCCUCACGAUCGUCUUCCGAAAACUGGCGGCAUUCCCCAACCUUCCGUAUCUCGCGGUCGUCGUCCGAAUACUGGCGGCAUUCCUCAACCUCCCGUAUCUCGCGGUCGUCGUCCGAAUGCUGGCGGCAUUCCUCAACCUCCCGUAUCUCGCGGUCGUCGUCCGAAUACUGGCGGCAUUCCUCAACCUCCCGUAUCUCACGGUCAUCUCCCAAAUGCGUGA